AAAGUGAUUAGCACUUGUUUCAGAGGUAUGGAUGAAGGAGCAAAGGAGUUGUUUCAGGGUCAAGCUCAUUUAUAUAAGCACAUAUUUAAUUUCAUAAGUUCUAUGUCUCUCAAGUGUGCAGUUCAGCUGGGCAUACCUGAUAUAAUCCACAGCCAUGGCGGACCCAUCACUCUUUCGGAGUUGGUCUCUGCCCUUCCUAUUCAUCCAACCAAGGUUAACUGUGUGUACCGGCUCAUGCGGAUGUUGGUCCACUCAGGCUUCUUUGCUACUACAAGAAAAUUUCAAGGAGACAAAGAAGAGGAAGCGUAUGUUCUGACUCCUGCUUCUAAGGUUCUCCUCAAGGAUCAGCCCAAUUGCUUGUCCCCUUUUGUUCUCGCGAUGUUUGAUCCUGCUUUGGUGACUCCCUGGCAGUUCUUAGGAGACUGGAUGAAGGGGGAGAAGCUCACCGCUUUCGAGAGUGUACAUGGCCUGGCGUUUUGGGACUACAUGGAUCAAAACCCUGAAUUCAAGAACCUUUUCCAUGAAGCAAUGGCAAGUGAUUCUCAGAUGAUGAAUUUGGUUGUCAAAGACUGCAAGCAAGUCUUUGAACACGUGAAUUCACUUGUUGAUGUCGGAGGUGGAACCGGAUCAAUUGUCAAGAUCAUAUCAGAGGCAUACCCUCACUUGAAAUGCACAGUGCUUGAGCUCCCUCACGUGGUGGCUAACUUGCCGGAGAGUUCUCAGAAUAUAAAAUUUAUUGCUGGUGAUAUGUUUGAAUCUAUCCCUUCUGCAGAUGCCAUUCUACUGAAGCUUGUUUUACAUGCUUAUGGUGAUGAAGACUGCAUAAAGGUACUGAAGAGAUGCAGAGAAGCUAUCAUGAACAAGGGAGGAGGAGGAAAGGUGAUUAUCAUAGAUAUUGUGAUAAAUGAGAAGAAAGAUGAACAUGAAUUAAUUGAAGCAAAGCUCUAUUUUGACAUGAUGAUGAUGGCUUACGUGACUGGGAGAGAAAGAAAUGAGAAAGAUUGGGAAAGGCUGUUUGUGGAGGCUGGUUUCAGUCAUUACAAGAUAAGGCCUAUUUUUGGUUUGAGGUCCCUGAUUGAAGUCUAUCCAUAGUGGGAAUAUUCCUCCUUUGUUUUUAUUUUUGUUUGUUUUAGAUGCAUCUCAUGCUGCUAUUGAAAUAACUAGAAUUGUAGCCUGACCAGAGACAAACUAAGACUGAUCUUUCUAAUCUUUCGUCAACAAAGUGAUUUGCAGUUCCAUUUUUUUAAAAAAAAAAUGCAAAGAAAUUUGCAGAGUUACUAGAGGAGGACAUGAGUUUUUCUCAAGCUCAAGCUCAUUUAUAUAAGCAGAUAUUUAACUUGUUGGAACCAUUCCAGAUAAGCAUGCCAACAAAGCUACUAUGUUGCUGUCCGAUUGAGUCUAUUUGUUUGUUAUUUGAAUUUACUUUAGUUUGUUUGCAGUUUGAAUUAGUUUGCUGCAGUUUGUUUUAAGUGUUUUAAAGUUUAUAGCAGUUUGUUUAAGUUUAUUUGUAUUGGAUAAUUGUUGAGGUAGUUUUGUAACUACCCUUAUCUGUGUAUUUAAGUAUUUUACAUAAUGAAAACUGUGUUGCUUC